GUAGGACCUAUACGCUCAGCCGCCUCUCCGCUGAGGUGAGGCUUAGAGCCCAUCUCUCGUGUGCCAUGCUCUGUCAUCGUCUGCUUCGCACUUUGCCAUUGGGAUAAUGCAGCAAGAUGCAAACAACAACACGAUGGCUCUCGCCUCCACGCUUCUGUCCAAAGCAAGUCUGGAAGUCAUGGGCAACUUCGUAUAGGUUUCAACUCAUAAAGCCAAUCCUCAACGUUUCAUUCCGUCCAGCUAUCCAGCCGAUUCCGUCCUCCAUACUGCUCUCGAAGGCCUUCGUAACUCGCCUAGACUUUAGGCCAUCUUCGACAUCACAUUUACGGUCCGGAACUGUAGCAUUCGCAGCAGAUACCACCUCGAAGGCGGAGAAGUACGACUUGAUUGUGGUCGGAUAUGGGGCAGCAGGAGCUGCUGCAGCAAUUACUGCUGCAGAAAAAGGCGCUUCGGUCCUUAUACUGGAUCGCGGAUAUGGUGGUGGCGCCUCAGCACUGUCGGGAGGGAUAUUCUAUGCUGGUGGCGGAACACCUUACCAAAAAGCUGCAGGCUACGAAGACACGCCGGAGAAUAUGUUCAAUUAUCUCCAGCAGGAAGUCAAAGGUGCUGUUGAUGACGAAACACUCCGCACUUUUUGUGAUAGCAGCGUGGAGAAUUUGGCCUGGCUCGAGCAGCGCGGCGCCAGAUUUCAAGGAUCUUUGUGCCCAUACAAGACGUCCUAUCCGACUGAUAAGCACUAUUUGUAUUUUUCAGGGAACGAGAAGGCCCAUCCGUACAACCUCCACUCCAAGCCAGCACCACGAGGCCAUCGAACUUUCGGUCCUAGUUUAGACUGCGGCGCUAUCCUAUGGCAAGCAUUGCAAAAGUCUGCCAAAGCGCUCGGUGUGCAAUUCCAGCCCCUCAGCCGAGUUGACAAGCUGAUCGUUGAAAACGGUCGAGUUGCAGGUGUCAGCUUCAAGACCAUCCCAGAGUCUAAUCCUGCUUUUCGAAGACAUCGCCGAUUGGCUACGCCAGCACUGAAACUCACGAACUUCCUUGCAUCUGUUGGCAAUAUUCUCAAUAGCAGAGCAGAAAGGAUAUGGCGACAGGCCGCAGUCGCACAAACGGUGCACGCUAAAUCAAUCAUUCUCGCAGCUGGUGGCUUCGUCUUCAACCAUAGUAUGAGGCAGCAGUACGCUCCAAAAUAUGCCCAAGUGUCUUCCCUGGGAACCAUAGGCGAUGAUGGUACUGGUAUACGACUUGGUCAAGAUACGGGAGGUCAGGUCACGCACAUGGAUCGAAUAACCGCAUGGCGCUUCCUCAGCCCGCCUUCGGCUUUGAUUGAAGGCGUCACUGUAGGCUUGAGUGGUGAACGGAUAAUGAAUGAAGAUCUCUACGGUGCUACUCAUUCCGAGGUUUUAAUCCACAAAUUCGAUGGCCGGGGCUACCUGAUUGUCGAUUCGACGAUUUGGAAAAAGGCCAUAAACCAAUUGCAAGAGCAGUGCCAGGACUUCCAAAGACUGCAGUUCAAUUAUCUCAGAUUUUGGGAUAGCUAUAGAGCUCACUCUCUCAGUGCACUUGCAUCAAAACUUGGAGUUUCAGCAAGUGGUCUCGAAGCUACCGUGAAUGCUUACAACGACGGUAUUCGGGACGGAAGCGGUGACCCAUUCAGGAAAGCUGCAGAUUUAUGUUCGCCUAUAAGCAAAGGCCCAUUCUAUGGUAUCGACAUUUCCAUUCGUCCAUCACCUUUGUAUUUUGUCCCCGGUGUCACACUGGGAGGACUUCAAGUGGAUGGUAAGUCAGGAUUGGUGAUGACGGACUCUGGAAAGACAAUUCCUGGGCUCUAUGCGGCUGGCCGUAACGCCGUUGGAGUGUCCUCCAAUUCCUAUGUUAGUGGCUUGUCGUUGGCGGAUUGUAUCUUCUCUGGACGACGCGCUGGUCAGCAUGCAAUGUCUUAGUGAGGGCCCCUCUCGUUAUAUACACACGCCCUUACAGUUGUAAUCACUCAUUAUGCCUCUAUUACUUACCUCUAGUACCACCAUAUGUUUCGUUUGUCAAUUCUAAUAGUUAGUAACUCCAUAGCUGAAUAAUAAAGGGCGGAGACCCAUAGUUAUACGCUGU